AUGGCACAAACUGAUGCUGAAUUCAAUUUGCCUUAUAACCCUACACGAGUGAUUAAAAUCAAUAUCGCCACCUUUAGUAUCAUAUUUGGUUGGGUCACUUAUUUACCCAUCAUUGUCUCUUAUUUGUAUUGGCGUUACUGGGAACUUGGUACCAGACGUUUCAAAGAGAUAGUCAGUGUAGAUAUCCCCUAUAGUGAACACUCGAAAUUAGAUGUAUAUCACCCUACCAAGAAGAUGAUCCAUGGUUCACCCAUCAUCAUCUUUGUGUAUGGUGGUGCCUGGUCUUCUGGAUCCAAAUUAAUUUACACCACUUUAGCAAACACCUUGCGUGAAUUAGGUUACGUUGUUGUCGUUCCAGAUUAUCGUAAAUACCCUCAAGUCAAAAUCGAAGGCAUGUAUCAAGAUAUUCGUGACGCUAUCAAAUGGACUCAUCGACAUGCUGCUGAUAUUAAUGGCGACCCUGAAUUGAUCUUCAUCAUGGGUCAUAGUGCAGGUGCUCAAUUAACUGCUCAAGUAGUUUUAUCCGAUAUCAUCGAACAGGCUAAAUACAAUGAGAGUAUUCAAUCUAGAGAAUCACCCUAUGUAAGUCAAAAGCACGAUCCAUCCAUGAAAAUGCAAGGGAAUGAAGGUCAUAUGAUCUCUGACUCUAACCAGUACCAGCCCCGGGAUUUCCUGCCUCUUGUCGAAGGCAUUUUAUUAUUCUCUGGUAUCUAUGAUAUUGGAGCCCAUUUAGUGCAUGAGACUUCGCGGGGUGUGGAAAAGGUCUCUGCCAUGUCGCGCGCCAUGGGUUCAUCCACAGAGGGUUAUCUGAAGAACUCGCCACUGCAUUUGAUUGAAAAGAACGAAAAACUGUUUUCGGAUUCCGACGACCUGUUAGACUUGUGGCCACGUAUCCUGUUACUGCAUGGACAAAAGGAUGGCACAGUUGGCAUGGAUCAAUCUGCCAAUAUGUUUAAUACCUUGGGAAAACUCUUUUCUUCUGAGCGUAGACAAGAGUUAGAUGUGCGUAUGCGUCUAUAUAAACGUAUGGCGCAUGAAGAGCCUGUGAUUUCAUUAAUGUUAAACAAGUUUGCUAAAAAGAAUGAUCAAAAUCUACUUUUAAAAGAUAUUCAAGAAUUUAUCGAUUUACCACAAGAUGAAUCAUAA